AUGUGUGGUAUACUUGCUGUUCUUGGUUGUUCUGAUCCCUCUCGAGCCAAAAGGGUUCGAGUGUUGGAGCUUUCACGCAGAUUGAAGCACCGUGGCCCUGAUUGGAGUGGGCUCCACCAACAUGGUGACUGUUUCUUGGCACACCAACGGUUAGCCAUAGUUGAUCCUGCUUCUGGUGAUCAACCACUCUUCAAUGAGGACAAAUCCGUCAUUGUCACGGUAAAUGGAGAGAUUUACAAUCAUGAAGAUCUUAGGAAACAACUUUCUCAUCACACGUUUAGAACUGGAAGUGAUUGUGAUGUUAUUGCGCAUUUGUAUGAGGAAUAUGGAGAAGACUUUGUGGAUAUGUUGGAUGGUAUAUUUUCGUUUGUUCUAUUGGAUACUCGCGACAACAGUUAUAUUGUGGCUCGAGAUGCGAUUGGUGUAACUUCUCUAUACAUUGGUUGGGGAUUAGAUGGUUCGGUUUGGAUUUCAUCAGAAAUGAAAGGUUUGAACGAUGAUUGUGAACAUUUCGAGUGUUUUCCACCUGGUCAUUUGUACUCUAGUAAAGAUAGCGGCUUUAGAAGAUGGUAUAAUCCUCUAUGGUACUCUGAGGCUAUUCCAUCGGCUCCUUAUGAUCCUCUUGCUUUGAGGCAUGCCUUCGAGAAGGCGGUGAAAAAACGUUUGAUGACUGAUGUGCCUUUUGGUGUUCUACUAUCCGGAGGUUUGGACUCGUCGUUGGUUGCAUCCAUCACUUCUCGCUACCUAGCAACCUCGAAAGCUGCUGAGCAAUGGGGAUCAAAAUUACACUCAUUCUGUGUUGGACUUGAGGGCUCACCUGAUCUUAAGGCUGGAAAAGAAGUUGCUGAUUAUCUCGGAACUGUUCAUCAUGAGUUUACCUUUACUGUUCAGGAUGGUAUAGAUGCAAUUGAGGAUGUUAUUUACCAUGUUGAAACAUAUGAUGUGACUUCAAUUAGAGCAAGCACACCUAUGUUUCUUAUGUCAAGGAAGAUUAAAUCACUUGGUGUCAAAAUGGUGAUCUCUGGUGAAGGAUCUGAUGAGAUCUUCGGCGGAUAUCUGUACUUUCACAAGGCACCAAACAAGGAAGAGUUUCACCAAGAAACUUGCCGCAAGAUCAAAGCCCUUCACCAAUAUGAUUGCCAGAGAGCUAAUAAAUCGACUUCUGCUUGGGGUCUAGAAGCUAGGGUUCCGUUUUUGGACAAGGCGUUUAUCAAUGUUGCGAUGAAUAUUGAUCCCGAGAAUAAAAUGAUAAAACGAGAUGAAGGACGAAUUGAGAAGUAUAUUUUGAGGAAGGCCUUUGACGACGAAGAGAAUCCUUAUCUGCCAAAGCAUAUUUUAUAUAGGCAGAAAGAACAAUUCAGUGAUGGUGUGGGUUAUAGCUGGAUUGAUGGUCUUAAAGCUCAUGCUGCAAAACAUGUGACCGAUAAAAUGAUGCUUAAUGCUGGUAAUAUCUUCCCGCACAACACACCAAACACAAAGGAAGCGUACUACUACAGAAUGAUCUUCGAGCGUUUCUUCCCUCAGAACUCGGCAAGGCUAACUGUUCCCGGAGGACCAACGGUUGCAUGUAGCACAGCAAAAGCUGUUGAGUGGGAUGCUGCUUGGUCAAACAACCUUGAUCCUUCUGGUAGAGCAGCACUCGGAGUUCAUGAUUCGGCUUAUGAAAACCAGACCAAAGUCAACAAAGCUGUAGAAUUUGAGAAGAUUAUACCACUGGAAGCCGCUCCUGUCGAGCUUGCCAUCCAGGGCUAG